AUGUUGUUUCGCCUUCUAUCCGCAACGGGUGCCUUGUGCAUCACUACUGCAGCUGCCGCGGCUCUACCUGCGCCUCAACUGCGUUCUACCACUGGAUCUCAUCAAAUCAACCUCCCUGCUAUCCCCUGCGCUUUCUCCGACUCGACUUGCACUGAAUCCUUCGACUCUGUUUCACAACUGACCAUCGACUUCUCCACCCAAAAUGGCACCCUUCGAGCCAACAAACAACCCAUCUUCCCAGCUACCGUACCGAUGCAGUUUACAGCGGAUCGCAAGUGGGAGUCAUUCGUUCAGCCGGUUCAGGUCUCCUACUCGUUGGACGUACGGCCGCUGCCUGCUCGCCCUGGCGCUGAUCUGGGCGAUAUCUACUACCUCAAGCUCCGGCUUUUCGACCAGCACGGUCAAGCUGCCACGCAGAACUCCAUCGCGAUCAGUCUAAUCAGAGACGCCCAGGGUGGUCUGCAGCUGGCGAUGAUCGACCCGAACGGUAGCCGCGAUUACGGUCACGGAAACCGUGUAUGGCGGAUGAAGGCCUGGAAGGAACAGCUCGAAACAUACUACAACCAUGCCAAGGAGGCCGUCAAGAACUGCGUCAAGCCUGAACACCCGAAGCACGAACAUGAACAUGAACACUCCCACGAGCACCCUCACAAGACGGUUGGAUCUUCUUCGGACUCCCACCCCCACCGCCGUCCUUCCUCCAACAAGUACUACCCCUCAAGCCAGAGCGGCCACUUCUUCUGGACUGGACGUGAACAGAGCAUCAUGAAGAUCGCUCGUCCGGUCAUCCUCCCCGCCCUGAUGGGAAUCAUGGCUGGUGGAGUUGCCUGCAUUGUUGGAUUCCUGCUGGGUCGUCUCAUCAUCUCUAUCUACUUGUGCGCGGCGAGCCGCCGGCAGCAGCAGCAGAACAUUCCCAUCAUCCGCAUCGAAGAGGGCGAGCCUAUCUCCGAGAAGGAAGCCCUUCUUGAACCCUACAGCGAUCAGGAACCUAGACGCGCCAAUCAUUCCCAUGAUCUUUCUCUCUUUCAUUCCUUUCCUUACGUUCUCUUUCUCUCUCUCUUUACCCCUGACGUUCACCUGUACAUUACAGCCCUCUCCUUGUGUCUCUGUGUCGACGUUCAUGAUAUCCAAUGUAGCAUAGCAUACAUACCCACGUGA